AUGAAUCAGAAGCAACACGUUGAAACCAUUGUGAUCAAGCAGACAGACCAAGCUCGUAUUAAUUAUCGCAUUCUAUUAACUGCCGCACUUGAUUGCACUAGAUAUUUAUUGAGACAAGGUCUUCCUUUUCGUGGCCAUGAUGAAAGCGAAACAACUAGCAAUAAGGGUAAUUAUGUGGAGCUUUUACAAUUUCUUGCCGAUCAUGAUGAGAAAGUUUGUGCCGUUGUGUUUGAGAACGCUCCAAGGAAUCUCAAGUUUAUUGCUCCUAAAAUUCAAAAAGAGCUUGUCAAUUCUUGUGCCGCUGAAACCAUUGAUGCAAUUAUUAAUGAUUUGGACGAUGCAUUCUUUUCUAUAUUGGUAGAUGAAUCACGUGAUGUUUCAAUAAGAGAGCAAAUGGCGAUGGUGUUGCGUUAUGUGAACAAAAAAGGGCAAGUAAUUGAAAGGUUUAUGGGUGUCCAAUAUGUCUCUGAUACGACUAGUAGCAAAUUGAAAGAGGCAAUUGAGCAGUUGAUUUCUUCAACAAAUUUGAGCAUGUCUAGGCUACGAGGACAGGGGUAUGAUGGCGCUAGUAAUAUGAGAGGUGAGCUCAAUGGUCUUAAAACACAGAUUUUGAGAGAAUAUCCUCAAGUAUAUUAUAUCCAUUGUUUUGCACAUCAACUACAACUAACUCUUGUAGCCGUGGCAAAGGGAAAUGAAAACAUUGCUACUUUCUUCACAACGGCUAGUAGUGUCAUUAAUAUUAUUGGAGCAUCGUGUAAGCAUUGUGAUGCACUUAGAGAGCAACAACAAAAAGAUAUUAUGAAAGCUCUUGAAAUUGAUGAUCUUGAAACGGAGCAAGGGUUAAAUCAAGAGACUACUCUCAAACGUCCUUGUGAUACACAUUGGAACUCACAUUAUGAUACUUUACUUAGUAUUAAUACUAUGUUUCAACCCCAUGAUGAAGGUGCUUGA